ACGACAUCGAAAUUGUGUUAUAAUGAGAUUAAUUAAUGUUAGUCUUCUUGUAUUUUGCAUUGUAAUACAUUUAGUUUACAUGCACAAGUCUACGUUCCAAGAUGUUGGUCAUUUAAGUAACGACGGUGACGGAUACGGAACUAGAUGGAUCUAUUUUCCAGACGGCGACGGUUACCCUCACUAUGUCCAUCUAACCAACGUUGAAGAAGAAACUCUCACCAAUCGAUUGUCAACUUAUUCAGAUAUUUUAUUUAGAUUAUAUAUUAAAGGCCUUGGAGCUCACGUCAUGGGCAUCGCAGCAUCUCAAACUAAAAUGCGCGUGAACAGAAUUACGGGACUCGAUCCAGCCAGACCCUUUUUCGAGUUCCCAUCCCAUCUUAACGAUUCAGAGAAAUUAGAUUCAUCUGAUGCGGAUUUUGUUGAUAUUAUACAUACAUGUGGAGGUUUGUUAGGUUUCCUAUCACCUAUUGGGACGGCGGAUUUUUAUCCAAAUAAUGGAGUCGCACCGCAACCUGGAUGUGAAGAUAUUGUUAAGUUCUUUGAUGGUUGUAGUCAUGGCCGAUCAUUUUACUAUUUCAUGGAGUCGGUCAAAUAUCCCAAAUCAUUUCCGACAUAUCAAUGUGAAAGUUGGAAUGAUUUUUUGACUAAGCAGUGUGAUCAUCGUGGAUAUAUGGGUGAAGAAGUGAACAGAACUUUGAAAGGGAAGUAUUAUUUAAUAACUAAUUCAUUUGAACCAUUUGGAAAAGGUGUGUAAAAAUCAAAGUAGAUUGGUAAUGUGAAAGCAGCACCUACUUACCUUAUGUAAGAUUUAAUUAUAGGUAUAUAUAAAACUGACAGUAUUAGCUAGGUUCGUAGUUUUAUCAUCAUUGUUUUCUCUUCAGCCGUAACGUAAAAAAUUCAAAUUAGCAAGAUUAUAUACGUCACUCAUUUAUAAUUUAUAUAAUGUAUACAUGUA